AUCGCCUCGCUUUGCCGCCUCGUCGUCGCCGUCGUUUUUGUCGCUGUAGCUAAUUCACCUUCAACGACGGAAAGUGUGGAGUUUCUUCUGGUGUAAAACUUGGUAACAAGAGGGUAUGCGUGGAUGAAUCUUCUUCCUAAAUGUUUGUGUGAUGAGAGAGAUAAAUUCCCAAGAAGAAGUAGAGCAAUGGGAAGCUCUUGACCUCGAUGAUUCUGAGCUUCCGACUUUUCUCCGUCCUUGCAAACGCAAAUCUCCAUCGAAGUCUCUGCAAACGCCGGUGCAGCAACAGAAUCCAAAGGAAGGUUUUGAUAGCAACACAAAUCAUCGUCGGACUCUUCGCCGCUGCUCCUCGCCGGAUCAUCUUCUUGAGGAUAGUUAUUCUCGAAACUUAGUUCCAGGACCUGCCGGAACUGUUCAAGUUGCAAUCCGCAGAAAGAUGAAUAAAGAUCCUGGAUCGUUUAAUGAGCAUGGUGAACCAAUUUCAACUCAAGAGUUCAUACGUAAGGCUGUGGAAGAGCCUGAUUGGGAAGAUAAGGAUUUUUCUGAGGACCCUUGGGUCUCUGCUGUUGAUUACAUUCGAAGUGAAGGUUUGUUGAGCAAUGGUGAAAAUGCUAUUGGGACACCAGUGAGCGAGAUUAAGAGCGGAUGUGGCAGUUGGUGUAAGGUCGAUCAGGUCGUGGCAAUCGUCAAAACUUGCACUCCAAAUGGUCUAGGUGAUGUCAUGGUGACUCUUAAGGAUCCCACUGGAACAAUCGAUGCCAGUGUGCACAGGAAAGUUAUUUCAGAGAGUGAGUUUGGAAGCGAUAUACGAGUUGGUGCAGUGGUGAUACUUAAUAAGGUUGGAGUCUGUUCACCCUCACGGUCGUCACGCUAUCUUAAUAUAACGCUGAAGAACAUCACCAAGGUUAUCACAAAGGAUACUCCUGUUGUACCAAGGCAUAGCCAUUCUGAAACGAGUGCCAAGAAUCCUGUUACAGUGAAUGGUAGGAAAGAUGCAAAUUUUCUUUCGAGUUUCUUCCUUAGUUUGAUCGAGAAACUCAAACACUUAACUUGGUCUUGUAUGAUGAUAUAUCUAACAGAAAAUGAGGAAGAUUUUCAAAUGCAACCCAAAGUGUUCCCUACGGAGCAAGUAACUACUCAAGAAAUCAUGAACAGUCUCAGAAAAAAUGCAAGAGAAAGCAGUGAAGCACUCGGUGAUGUAGAAAUGGAAGAAAUGGAUUCAGCAGAAGGAAGCAGCAACACCUGGUUAAAAGGUGCGACCAAAAACCAGUGUGAAGUUAGAAUGGAGAAGACCCUCUUGGGAAAGCAUGCUUCAAUCAGCCAAACAGAAAUCGCAGCAAACAGGACAACCUCAAUUACUCAAGAGCAGCAACUGCAAGAAGAUGUAGCUAGUGGAACCGGUACGGCCGAUGACUUUAGACCGGUGAAAAAGAUCAGUAGAAGUCGUGAACCGCUGAGUGGUGAGCUAGAGAGUGCAAUAGGGAACUGUGAUGAUGUUACAUGUGGAUCUAAGGUCAACAAAUCUCAGCCCAUGGCGUCUUCCAGCUUAGUUCCACAGUGGACCGAUGAGCAACUUGAAGAACUCUUUGAUUUUGACUAAAAAUGGAGGUUUCGGUUGAACAGUCCCACCUGGAAGAUAGAGAGAUAGAGCAAUUAAUUUGGAAUGCUGAAACUAUUGACAGAAAGUUUCAACUUUGUUUCUUGUUUUCUCUAACUCCGUUAAC